AUGGAGCCCGGGCGGCGGCGGCGGCGCAGGAGCCACCAGCUGGUCGCCGCCUUCCUGCGCGACCCGGGCUCGGGACGCGUCUACAGGCGCGGGAAGCUGAUCGGCAAGGGCGCCUUUAGCCGCUGCUACGAGCUGACGGACAUGUCCACCAGCGCCGUGUUUGCCCUCAAGGUGGUGCCCCGCGGCGGGAGCGGGGCUGGUCGGCUGCAGCCUCGGGGGCAGGUGGAGCGCGAGAUCGCCCUGCACAGCCGUCUGCGACACCGCAACAUCGUGGCCUUCCACGGACACUUUGCUGACCAUGACCAUGUGUACAUGGUGCUGGAGUACUGCAGCCGCCAGUCUUUGGCCCACGUGCUGAAGGCGCGGCAGACCCUGACAGAGCCUGAGGUGCGCUACUACCUGCGGGGCCUGGUCAGCGGCCUGCGCUACCUGCACCAGCGGCGCAUCGUGCACCGAGACCUCAAGCUCAGUAAUUUCUUCCUUAACAAGAACAUGGAGGUGAAGAUCGGAGACCUGGGGCUGGCUGCCAGAGUGGGGCCGGGGGGCCGCUGCCACAGAGUGCUCUGCGGGACCCCAAACUUUCUGGCCCCAGAGGUUGUCUCCAGGGAUGGGCAUUCCUGCCAGUCAGACAUCUGGGCGCUGGGCUGCAUCAUGUACAUGGUGCUGACUGGCGCCCCGCCCUUCAUGGUGGCGCCCCUGUCGGAGAUGUACCAAAACAUCCGCGAUGGCCGCUACCCGGAGCCUGCCCACCUGUCACCCAACGCGCGGCGCCUCAUCGCCCACCUCCUGGCGCCCAACCCGGCCGAGCGGCCCAGCCUGGACCACCUGCUGCAGGAUGACUUCUUCACGCAGGGCUUCACUCCAGACCAGCUGCCACCCCACUCCUGCCACAGCCCACCCGUCUUCACAGUCCCCCAGCCUCUGGGCAGGCUCUUACGGAAGGUGGGCCGGCUGCUGCUGACCCAGUGCCAGCCACCCUGCCCCUGCACACCUAAAGAGGCCUCAGGUCCAGGAGAAGAUGAGCCCAAACCUGGUUCCAUGCAGUGGGGCAGCGAGAGAGUGACUCCCUUCUCUGAGGUCCCCAUCCACCUGCUCACACAAGGAACGCUUCGGAGUGACCCAGCAGGGCCCGAGGGCAGCUCACGGCUGGAGGUGGACGCAGCCAUGAGAAGCCUGCAGCUCUGCCUGGACGCCGGCCCCCUGGCCACACAGGACCCCCCAGGAGAGCAGCGGUCCAUCAUCUGGGCCCCCGAGUGGGUCGAUUAUUCCAGCAAGUAUGGCUUUGGCUACCAGCUGUCAGACGGGGGCAGCGGUGUCCUGCUUCGGGAUGGCACCCACAUGGCCUUGCGCCCCCCAGGAGGCCAAGUUUGCUACAUGCCUAACCGUGGGAGGCUGGAAACAUUCACCCUGAGGGCUGUGCCGAGCUCCCUGGGUGCCAAGCUGGCCGUCCUGCGACUCUUCGCGCGCUACAUGCAGCAGCGGCUGCGGGAGGAGGAGGCCCUGCCCGCGCCACCUGCCAGCCCCAGCUUCUGCCUGCUGCGCUUCCUCGUGUCUGAGCAGGCCCUGCUGCUGCUGUUCAGUGAUGGGACGGUGCAGGUCAGCUUCAGUGGAGUCCAGUCUCAUCUGGUGCUGAUGGGCGAGGGUGCAGGGCUGCUGCUCACCCACUGGGAGCAUGGCCAUCCUGGCACCUCCUACUCACUGGGCGCCCUGCGGAGCCACGGCUGUUCUGCAGCUGCCCGCCAGCACCUUCACCACGCCCUCCGCAUGCUGCAGAGUAGCUAG